GAAUGUUAUUUCACUGUACCAUGAAAUAAACGACAAUUUUGAAUCAAUAUUAAUAUUUUCCUAAUUUAAUAAAAUGUGUGUAUGUCUGAAAAUACUCGGUAAAGCUUUCUUUUCUCGCGCUUGUUAAUUGUUAAUGCACGAGCUAGACUAUUUGUAAAGAAACCAUAGGCUACGAAUGACUUGCAUUAAACAUUAAAUUGCUGUCUUUGUAGCAUGCCUCUGAAAUGCGUCUAAUUAUUUUUUACAAUUACUGAAUUCAUUUUCAAAUAGUUUAAUUUUACUAAUUUCAGUUCUGUUUUUCAGCGAUAUAGCAAAAAUUAGAACUUUAGGCACAUGCUAUUUUAAACUAUAUUUUGAAUAAUAGUUUUUGUUAUUAAACAUUUCUUAACAGUUGCUUUGAAUAGAGAUAGCCUACAAAAAAAUGUCAGUCAUUUUCAAUGGAAGAACAUUUUAGAAUAUUUAACAUUUACCAACUUGCUAUUGUCCCCCACAAUCAUUUUUUGUGGAAAUUGUUUAUUAUCGUUUGUAUCAAACUUAAGUGUCAAAUUCGUGAAUUUCAUGAAUGUUUUUCACGGCGUAAUCCAAAAACAUCCCCGUGGAAUCUCCCAAAUAUCUUUCCUAAUCCUAAUUUGCACAUGAAGAUAAAGACGUCAAAGAAUCAGACCCUAAAGGUCAUGAAGGGUCAGCUAUACAGAUAAAAACACCUAUUUAAAUCCUGCCGAAUAAAAAAUGCAAACACAAAUCUCAUCAAUUAGGUUUAUAAUCCUUCUUAUCUAUGUAAAGUCCAUCUGUAUAUCAUAAUCUCUUAAUUCGCCCCACGAAUUUGGGUAUGAGAUCGCUUGAUGUUUUGAAACUCGGUAAUGUAAUCAGCAAAACGCUAAAUUACAACCGCUGUCAUGAAUUAAUCAUUACCCGAAACACGCAUCUUAUGUUUCUUAGUUUUGGUGGCUUUUAUGAUUGUUUAUUCAUUUUAUGUUUUAGUUUUAUUUUCCAUUACAUUUUUAGAUGUAUCUUUGAUAAAACUGUGAAUAGGCUAGCUAUAAAUACUUAUCUUUCGCAAGGCCUAUAACACCCCAAAUAGCAUAUAACACUACAAAUAACAUUUGUCGUUUGAUCCAGCAGAUAAUGCCAAUAAUCAUUCAAUAAGAUUUUUAAGACACUACUGUAUCAAAAUUUUCAUGCUGCUCUUGAAAUUUAGUUUUAAGGCACAAUUUUAGAGAUGCCAUCCCGAUUUCAUAUUAAUUCACUGCAACUGUUAGCACGCGGGGAGUUCUUCCCAGCUAUUUGUCCCGAAGGAGCCCAGGGUGCCCUUUUGAUCAUUUCAGUCUCUCUCUGGUACAAUAGUUCUGAUUGGCUGAAGGAGUAAGAAAAGGGAAAAUCUUUAAUUAAGCAGAUAAUCUCUUGUUGGGAUGAGAGGAGCUCCAUUUCAGAACCCCCUUGGCUCACACAUGAGACCCCCAGCCUCUAAAUUCUGGAUGUAGGUUAUAUAGAGCUCUUGCAGACUCCUCUGCUUUCCAAGGUGACGAAAAGUCUGCCGGUCCUCUCUCAGGAUGUUCAUACAUUGGGAAGUUUAUUAUUACUCUUUCAUCUUGAUGGCACACAUGAAGUCUUGCUGCAGUUGGUCAGUGAAUAAUUUCCUGAUGACUGGCCCAAAGGCUUACUUGAUCUACUCCAGCAGUGUAGCCGCUGGAGCACAGAGUGGGAUUGAAGAGUGCAAGUAUCAGUUUGCAUGGGACCGCUGGAACUGCCCAGAGAGGGCUCUUCAGCUUUCCACCCACAGUGGACUGAGAAGUGCAAACAGAGAGACUGCGUUCUUCCAUGCUAUAAGCUCUGCUGGGGUCAUGUACACCCUCACCCGGAACUGCAGCCUCGGUGACUUUGACAACUGUGGCUGUGAUGACACCCGGAACGGCCAACGAGGUGGCCAGGGGUGGCUGUGGGGAGGCUGCAGUGAUAACGUGGGUUUCGGAGAGGCCAUCUCCAAGCAGUUUGUGGACGCGCUGGAAACCGGACAGGACGCGAGAGCGGCCAUGAACCUGCACAACAAUGAAGUAGGACGCAAGGCGGUAAAAGGAACCAUGCAGAGAACGUGCAAGUGUCACGGAGUGUCUGGCAGCUGCACCACCCAGACCUGCUGGCUGCAGUUGCCGGAGUUCCGCGAGGUGGGCAACUAUCUGAAGGAGAAAUAUCACAGAGCUCUGAAGGUGGACCUGCUGCGCGGAGCAGGCAACAGCGCGGCCAGCCGCGGUGCCAUCGCCGAGACCUUCAGAUCCAUCUCGCGUAAAGAGCUGGUGCAUUUGGAGGACUCCCCCAACUACUGCUUGGAGAACCGCACCCUGGGUCUGCCAGGUACAGAAGGCCGUGAAUGCUUGAGAAAGGGCAAGAACCUGACCAAAUGGGAGAAGCGCAGCUGCAAGCGUCUGUGUGGAGACUGCGGUCUGGCUGUAAAAGAGCGCAGGGCUGAGACUGUGUCCAGCUGCAACUGCAAGUUCCACUGGUGCUGUGCUGUGAAAUGCGAGCAGUGCCGUAAAACUGUCACAAAGUACUACUGUGUGAAGAGGACCAAACAAGUCAAGAACGAUAGCAGUCGCAGGAAAAGCUAUCGGUUAAAGAAGAAGCUCUAGAGAUGUCCUGAACUGUUUGUUUCAGAAUAUGCCUUUAGGUUGUGAAGUAAAUAACUUGAGGUCCAGAGGUAUAAUUGGAUAUUAAGGAAUGCUUUAAUGGAGGUCUAGAUCUCAAAGAGAUUUUAGAUGAGCACAUGUGACCCUGUCUGUGAAAUCCAAGAUAAAGUCUCAAUCUAAUUAUGAGAUUAGGAGCAUUUCAAUCAUUAAUUUCACUAUGAUUACAAUCUUUGACAUGACUUUACUCAGUCAGCAUUAAAUAUGGUAAAGUUAUAUUUCACAGAAUGUUCUUUACAUCAUAUGUAGAAAACAGGUAAGCACAAAAAACAAUCAUUUAUCCGUGUUUUCACAUGCAGGGUCACAUAUAUUUUCAUCUGUAUUAUUUCACUUGCAGCUAUGGCGUAGGUUGUUAAAUGCACGUACGGUAAAACACCCCCUACUAAAUCUUUCUGCAUUUUAUAAUAGCACUGCAUCAAAUCAUUCAAAGCACAAUAGACUGUAAAAAAAACCUUCACCAACAGGGAUGUACUUUACUAGAUAAUUUAUUUGAAUGAUUAUACAAGGGGUUAUUAUGAGGGUAUGUCUCCAUAUCAUGUUUACAAAAACGUUUUCUUGCUGAGUGUUUGUUUAGCAUCCUGAAAAUAGUUUUACCCUGUUACUGUAUAUUAACUGUAAAUAAGAGGAAGCACUUUGUAUAUUGUUAAUUUAUUGCACAGAUACUAUAGUGCCGUUUUCUAGUGUUUUUUUAUGUUGCAUUCAUCACCUUACUUUUAUAAUUAAUUAAAGAUAUGUAAUCUUGUUGGUAAUGUAUUCGUUGAUGUAGGUCCGAAUGCAUCUGAAUUUGUUGUUUUUGUAGUCUUCUGCUAAAUAAAUGUGCUUCACGAUA